AUGGCCUUGCGUUGGCCCUGCCGCCAUGGCACAACAACGCCGGCUGCGUUUGGCAAGGCGCCCCGAUCGGCUCGUCCAACGAGAAGAGCUUUCAAGGCCGUUCAGCAUGGCGCCGUCCCGGCCCUCACGGGCACGGCGCUGCUUUGGUCGCGAGGAUCUCGCUCACGUCGGCGCGCUUCGCGGCUUCCCUGCAAGUUCCGCUCCGAGUGGCGCGAGGUGGCAGGGUGCCCGGUGUAUCUUCCCGCCUCCAGCGAGGGAUCGCGACCGACUUGUGUGCUGCACUUCGUCGGUAGCUCCUGGGCAUCGGCUGCCCCGCGGCUAGUGUACAGGCAAUUCUUGGAGGUGAUCUCCGAGGAAACAGGCGCCGUCGUCGUGGCCACGCCUUGUGACGCCACGUUGGAUCAGGAUGCUGCCGCGGUGAAGGUGGCCGAGCUGGUGGAUGCCGCCCUUCUGUCCUUGCAAAGUCGAGGUGUUCAAGUUUCUUGCCUCCCGAUUUGGGGCCUCGGCCACGCUUCUGGCGCAGUGGUUCAGCUCCUCGUAUCCCUCACUCAUAGACGUGCAGGUCUGGUGCUUCUGGCCGUCGCUCCUGCUCCAAACCCUUUCCUGGCCAGCCUGCCCAGGCCUCCAGCUCCCCGACGUGUCCGUUCGCAGCUGCGAAAGGCCAUCGAGGACUUCGCAGAGCAGGGUCAGCUUCGGAGAGGUCUCCGUGCCGUCGAAGCGGUGACCCGGGGCUUUGCGCGAACGCUGCGCGGCCUCCGCAAUGGGAGCGAAGAGGAGGGCAGCUGGGAUGCAAAGCUCCUGCAGGCCUUGGAGGACUCCCCGCCUGGUGAGGUCACCAGGCUGCUGCAGCAGGUUCUGCCCGCCAGCGCCGAAGUUCUGGAGGGCGCCCGGCGCUUUCGACCCACUCGAGAGGACCUUGCCACACGUUUGGCCUCGGAGGAAGCGCGCCAGGCCCUGCCAAAGCGGCUGAUGGUGGUGGAGUUCGGCGAAGACCCGCAGGACGACUCCUCUUGGCUUCUGUCCGCCUUGGGCUGUGAGGAGCAGAAGCCUCCAGAGGACAUGUUCGCUGCUUCUGGCUGGGAUCCACUGGAUGCCAUUGACGCGGCGCUGGAGGAGGAGCUCGCCGAAGCGGAGCUUGAGGCGUGGGAGGACGACGAGGACGACUUGGCUGAAGAGGAGGACGAGGAGGUGCGAGAGGCCCGCCGACAGCUGGAGGUGGAAUGGGAGGCGGAUGCCUCCAGCAACAUCCAGGCACCAAGCAAAAUGAAGAAGGGUGCGUAUUACUGGACAUGCUAG